UCCAUCCUCCUCGGCCUCCCAAAGUGCUGGGAUUACAAGCAUGAGCCAUUGGGCCAGCCUCUCCCUUUCUUUCUUUCUUUUCUUUUCUUUUUUUUUCACAUCUAGAGAUUUGGACCUUUCUUUUUCUUUUUCAUUUGUUGUUAAAGAGUCUUGCUCUGUCGCCCAGGCUGGAGUGCAGUGGUGUGAUCUCGGCUGCCUCCCAGGUUCAAGUGAUUCUUCUGCCUCAGCCUCCCGAGUGCCACCAUGUCUGGCUAAUUGCUGUAUUUUUAGUAGAGACAGGGUUUCACCAUGUUGGUCGGGGUCCUUCCAGGCAGUCCUCUUUGCUGACACCCACAUCCCUGGCUCUUGGUUCCAGGCCCACGUAGUUCCCUGCUUUGAUGCAUCCAAGGUCAAGUGCUCAGGCCCUGGGCCAGGGAAGGCCACCGCUGGGGAGGUGGGCCAAUUCCAAGUGGACUGCUCCAGCGUGGGCAGUGCAGGGCUGACCAUUGAGAUCUGCUCAGAGGUGGGGCUGCCAGCUGAGGUGUACAUCCAGGACCAUGGCGAUGGCAUGCACACCAUCACACACAUUCCCCUCUACCCCAGGGCCUACACUGUCACCAUCAAAUAUGGCGGCCAGCCUGUGCCCAAUUUCCCCAGCAAGCUGCAGGUGGAGCCUGCUGGACACUUCAGCAUCCAGUGCUAUGGGCCUGGGAUUGAGGGCCAGGGCAUCUUCCAAGAGGCCACCACUGAGUUCAGUGUGGACGCCUGGGCCCUCACAUAGACUGGAGGGCCACACGUCAAGGCCCGUGUGCCCAACCCCUCAGGCAACCUGACAGAGACCUACAUGCAGGACUGUGGCGACGGCACCUACAAAGUGGAGUACAGCCCUCAUGAGGAGGGACUGCACUCCAUGGACGUGACCUACGAUGGCAGCCCUGUGCCCAGCAGCCCCUUCCAGGUGCCCAUGACCGAGGGCUGAGACCCCUCCCGGGUGUGUGUCCACGGGCCAGCCAUCCAAAGUGGCACCACCAACAAGCCCAACAAGUUCACCGUGGAGACUAGGGGAGCUGGCAUGGGAGGCCUGGGCCUGGCUGUAGAGGGCCCCUCUGAGGCCAAGAUGUCCUGCAUGGACAACAAGGACGGCAGCUGCUCAGUUGAGUACAUCCCCUAUGAGCCGGGCACCUACAGCCUCAACAUCACCUAUGGUGGCCAUCAAGUACCAGGUGAGGACAGUCCUUUCAAGGUCCCUGUGCAUGAUGUGACAGAUGCAUCCAAGGUCAAGUGCUCUGGACCUGGCCUGAGUCCUGGCAUGGUUCAUGCCAACCUUCCUCAGUCCUUCCAGGUAGACACAAGCAAGGCUGGUGUGGCCCUGAUGCAGGUCAAAGUGCAAGGGCCCAAAGGCCUGGUGGAGCCAGUGGAUGUGGUGGACAAUGCUGAUGGCACCCAUACCAUCAAUUACUUGCCCAGCUGAGAAGGGCCCUACAGCAUCUCAGUACUGUAUGGAAACGAAGAGAUGCCUAGAGCCUAUCUAACUGCUCACAACACCCAUGCCCACAACCCCUUCAAGGUCAAGGUGCUGCCUAGUCAUGAUGCCAGCAAGGUGAAGGCCAGUGGCCCUGGGCUCAACACUACUGGUGUGGUGGCCAGCCUGUCCAUGGAGUUCACCAUCGAUGCAAAGGAUGCCAGGGAGGGCCUGCUGGCUGUCCAGAUCACGGACCCUGAGGGCUAGCCAAAGAAGACACACAUCCAAGAUAACCAUGAUGGCAAGCACACAGCGGCCUAUGUGCCAGACAUGAUGGGUCACUACACCAGCCUCAUCAAGUAUGGUGGUAAUGAGAUCCCCUUCUCCCCAUACAGCAUUCGUGCCGUGCCCACCGGGGACACAAGCAAGUGCACAGUCACAGUGUCAAUUGGAGGUCAUGGGCUAGGUGCUGGCAUUGGCCCCACCAUCCAGAUUGGGGAAGAAACGGUGAUCACUGUGGACAAGGCAGCAGGCAAAGGCAAAGUGACCUGCACCAUGUGCACGCCUGAUGGCUCAGAGGUAGAUGUGGACGUGGUGGAAAAUGAGGACAGCACUUUCAACAUCUUCUACACAGGCCCCCAGCUAGGCAAAUACAUUAUCUGCGUGCACUUUGGUGGCAAGCAUGUGCCCAACAGCCCCUUCCAAGUGACGGCUCUGGCUGGGGACCAGCCCUUGGUGCAGCCCCCACUACGGUCUCAGCAGCUGGCCCCACAGUACACCUACACCCAGGGUGGCCAGCAGACUUAGAUACGGCCUGGCCAGCUAGGGACACUGGGGCUGGCCAGCUGGACCCCAAAGAGGCCCCUGGUGGGUGUCAAUGGGCUGGAUGUGACCAGCCUGAGGCCAUUUGACCUUGUCAUCCCUUUCACCAAGAAGGUUGAGAUCACAGGGGAGAUUCGGAUGCCCUCAGGCAAGGUGGCACAGCCCGCCAUCACUGACAACAAAGACGGCACUAUGACCGUGUGGUAUGCACCCAGCAAGGCCGGCCUGCAUGAGAUGGACAUCCGUUAUGACAACAUGCACAUCCCAGGAAGCCCCUUGCAGUUCUAUGUGGAUUGUGUCAACUGUGGCCAUGUCACUGCCUAUGGGCCUGGCCUCACCCACGGAGUGAACAAGCCCACUACCUUCACUGUCAACACCAAGGAUGCAGGAGAGGGUGAGGCCUGUCUGGCCAUUGAGGGCCUGUCCAAAGCAGAAAUCAGCUGCACUGACAACCAGGAUGGGACGUGCAGUGUCUCCUACCUGCCUAUUCUGCUGGGUGACUACAGUAUCCUCAUCAAGUACAAUGAACAGCACAUCCCAGGCAGCCCCUUCACUGCCCGGGUCACAGGUGACGACUCCAUGUGGAUGUCCCACCUAAAGGUGGGCUCUGCUGCCGACAUCCCCAUCAACAUCUCAGAAACUGACCUCAGCCUGCUGAUGGCCACCGUGGUCCCGCCCCCAGGAUGGGAGGAGCCCUGUUUGCUGAAGCAACUGUGUAAUGGCCAUAUUGGGAUUUUAUUUGUGCCCAAGGAGACAGGGGAGCACCUGGUGCACGUGAAGAAAAAUGGCCAACAUGUGGCCAGCAGCCCCAUCCCGGUGGUGAUCAGCCAGUCAGAAAUUGGUGCCAGCCACGUUCAGGUCUCUGGCCAGGGCCUCCAUGAAGGCCACACGUUUGAGCCUGUGGAGUUUAUCACUGAUACCCGAGAUGCAGGCUUUGGUGGGCUCAGCCUGUCCAUUGAGGGCCCCAGCAAGGUGGACAUCAACACAGAGGACCUGGAGGAAGGGACAUGCAGGGUCACCUACUGCCCCACAGAGCCUGGCAACUACAUCACAUUGUUCGCUGACCAGCACGUGCCCAGCAGCCCCUUCUCUGUGAAGGUGACAGGCGAGGGCCAGGUGAAAGAGAGCAUCACGUGCAGGUGUCAGGCUCCUUCAGUGGCCAACAUUGGCAGUCAUUGUGACCUCAGCCUGAAGAUCCCUGAAAUCAGCAUCCAGGAUAUGACAGCCCAGGUGACCAGCCCAUCAGGCAAGAGCCAUGAGGCGAGAUCCUGGGAGAACCACACCGACUAUAUCCACUUUGUUCCUGCCGAGAUGGGCACACAUACAGUCAGCAUCAAGUACAAGGGCCAGCACGUGCCUGGGAGCCCCUUCCAAUUCACUGUGGGGCCCCUAGGGGAAGGGGGAGCACACAAGGUCCAAGCUGGGGGCCCUGGCCUGGAGAGGGCUAAAGCUGGAGUGCCAGGUAGGCCUGCUCACUGCCGAGCAUUUGCUCUCCUGCAUUGGCAGGGAUGGGGCUGGGGGUGGAAGAAAGAGCUGGCAGGCAUGCCUACCUUGGCUAUGCCUGGAGGGGGCCAACGCUGGUGGAGCAGCCUUCACAAGGCUGAGAUCUAUUUCGAGGACCGCAAGGAUGGCUCUUGCAGUGUGGCUUAUGUGGUCCAGGAGCCAGAUACCAUUUGCUGGUUUGAGGAGGGGCCCCAGGCCCACAGCAUGGCUCUCUGCUCCUCAGAUAAGUAUGCUGUGUGCUUUAUCCCUCAGGAGAAUGGUGUUUACCAGAUUGAUGUCAAGUUCAAUGGCACCCACAUCCCUGGAAGCCCCUUCAAGAUCCGAGUUGGGGAGCCUGGGCAUGGAGGGGACCUGGGCUUGGUGUCUGCCUAUGGAGCAGGCCUGGAAGGUGGUGUCACAGGGAGCCCAGCUGAGUUCAUCAUGAACACAAGCAAUGCAGGAGCUGGUGCCCUGUCGGUGACCAUUGACGGCCCCUCCAAGGUGAAGAUGGAUUGCCAGAAGUGCCCUGAGGGCUACCGUGUCACCUAUACCCCUAUGGCACCUGGCAGCUACCUCAUCUCCAUCAAGUAUGGCAGCCCCUACCCUUCAAAGCCAAAGUCACAGCCCAUCCCAGGUGCCCUGGGCCCGCUGCUGAACACCGCUCAACUGUGCCCCUGCCAUGGACUCCCACACCAACCUGUGUCUCUGACUGAAGACUGCACCAAACACAUCCCAAGCCAUCCUGGCUCCUGGUGCAUCUGCGUGCUGUUUGGACACCCUCACUACAGGCCACAAAGCUGCCUGCUCCCUGGGCCAAAGGCUGCAGGUGGCUUUGGCCCUUGUUCAAACCCCUGACAAGGAUAUCACCAUCUCAGCAUCUGCAGACAAGGGCCAGGAGCUAAGGCUCUCAGGGAAAGGCUCAGCUUUCAUUCCAGGCCCUCCCGCAGCUCCACAGCAUCUCACACAAAGCCCUAGGGGUCCCCAUAACCUCAGAGCACACAGCCCAAGGCCAGGCACAUGAGCGAGGGGAAGGAGAGGACCAGGCCAUAACCUGUAGCAAUCCCAGGCCUCCUGAGAGCUCAGCACCCUAUGUGCACUCCUUAAUCCCUGAUGAGGGGGCAGAGUAGAAAGGGCAGCAGCAGCAGCUCAGGCAGAAUCGUUACUUUUAUUUCCAAUUGAGGCUGGGCUGCUGGCCCCAGGCUCAGGGCAUCCACUCACCUGGAGACACGAGCAAGCAAGACAUAGAAAGGGUUAGUCCCAACCCCAGCCCCGGACACUCACUCUACUGCUCCCACUGGGCCCAACGGCAUAGAGGCAAAGGGGCCAAGCAUGCUCUGGAAGCCUCUAGAAGCCACCAGCUGAAUGGGGGUGGGAGACAGCAGAGCCAGGCCCAGAAAGAUCCAGUGCCAGUGGGCAGGAUGACAGGUCCCCCUGAGGCCCUGACCUGUCGGCUCAGCCCAUGGUGUGCCCAGGACACUGAACCUCUGGGGUGCCCCCUCCUGCCCUGAGUCACCUGGAGUCUCCUGUCCCCUCCCUGUGGUGGCUCCAUCGCAUCCUCUCCCAAGCCCAUGCCUGGCAGGGCCACCGGGAGAACCGCCCUGGGGCUGGGCUAAGUGAACCAGGGGUGCCCAUCUCCCAACCCACUGGAUGAUACCCAGGCUGGAGGGACACAUGUGGGGAGGCAAGGGCGGAAGAUAAACUGGGGGCAUCCAGGCUCCUGGGGCCUGCCCUGGCGGGAGGUCACAGGCCUCAUGGGGCAGUGAGCUGGAGGCCACCUAGGCAAGCAGGCAGCAGGGAAAGAGAUAGGCAUGGUCCUGGCCAGGGGCCUCCCCGGGGAGGGUGGACAAGUAGGAGCAAAAACAAGAGCAUGGGCCCCCACCCUGCUGGGGCUUAUGGCCUGCGGACCCAGCCACACUGAGGAGACCCAGGAGGACCCACCAGGCUACUAGGAGGACAUGAAGGGUGCACAGGCCCCCAGUCUGGAAGAUGUGUCUGGACUGAGUCUGAGGGCAGGCAGUGGGGUAGCCCAGCUGACCUUCCCUCGCCCCAGCCACACCCCUGGCACCCCAACCUUCCCUUCUGCCUUCUGACAGCCCCAUCCCCACCAUCCCAGGAAACUGGGAGGGAGACUGGAGAGGAAAGGGAAGCAACAGCCCCUCAGAGUGGGGCUCCCUGAAAUCUACCACCAGGGACUGAAUCCAGAACUCAGACACCGCUGGGAACCCUGGCCAGGAGUCCCUCUGGGUUCCAGUGUGGUCCCCAGCACAUGGAGGCCUGGGCUUCACUCCAGGGCUCUGGGCUCCUCCGGGCGGACCUGGGAAUCUGCCUGAGCAGCUUAGGGGACUGGCCCAGCACAGGGAGGGGCUCAGGCUGGAAACCAAGCAGACAGGGUACCCCCCGACCUAGGGACGAGGAGGACAGGAAGCAGGCAACUAUGGGAAGACCCCCCGCCACCACCCACCCCCAACUCGGCACACAAAGGCCAGAGAGGCCCCCAGGCAUCACUGUGGGGGUGUUUGCCAACACCUGCAGAGGGGCCAGGUGUCCUGGGCACAGAGAAAGCUUGCAGGACCCAGCUGAGGCUAGGACAGCAGCAGAUGCUGGCCAGGAGGUGACCAACCAGGGCCCCAAGCUGCAUGGGGGGCAGGCCCAAGGCAGGAUCUCUCUGAAAAGGCACUGUACCCAGCCAGGGCUCCCAGAGACACAGGUGGUGGGGCCGAGUGCCCCUCACCCUGUGCCUGGACCCCAACAAAGGGCAAGCAUGUAUCCUCCUCAGACACAGUGUCCAGGGCAGGGCACUCCCAAACGAGACACCCCCUAGGCCAGAGGCCGGAGGUCUGGGGAGGCCCCCAAGAGGCAAGGCAGCAGCCAAGAGGAGCGCAGUCCCUGGGCCCACUCUCCAACUGCAACCAGGGCCCAGUCCCCGAAGGCACCAGCUCCCCUGGGGGCAGGACCUUGAUCCAGAGCAGCAGUGGAGGCCCCCCAACAGGGGACGGCUGGAGAGGCCCUGGGCUCAUGAGCCAGGGAGCAGUGGCUCUGUGCCCAGAAGCCCCUGGGUCCUGCCUGGGCUACUGGUAGCUGCCAUGGCCCAAGGGGUCCAGAGUCCCCCAGGGUGCUUGGGGGCAGCUCCUUUGGGACCCUCAAUGGAGCCAGUAAGUCCAGGAGGGCGCCAAUCUGUCCAGGUGGGUGCACGGACUGGGUCUGCUGUUGUGACCGUGCCCAUCUGCAAAACAGGCUGCUGGAAGAGUAUUCCCUAAGUGAGGGCGCUGGGCAGCCGGGGGAGGGAGGAUGCAGUCCCCAUCCAGGCCCCCAAGGCCUCUGCAGCAGGGAGAGUCGGCCCUCCUCACUGUUCCUUCCCGGGGCACCAGGCCGGCGCCUCAGCUCAGGGGAGAGAGGGGUCACAGAGGACAGCCAGCAGGCAAAUGGCCCAGGACCAUGGGGGUUCAGGGGGCCUGACUGUGUCCUGAGGCGCCCCAAGACCCUCUAUCCAACAUCCCUGGGGGAGGGGCUGUCCCCACCUACCAGAAACACAUUCCUCAGGGAAGGCCCGGCUGCCUGUUCUCCUCCAGUUCAAGGAAAGCCAGGUGGCUUUGGAAAGGGCCAGGAGCUGUCACCAAGGGCCCCCGUAUUGCCCAGAGGUGAUGGUGGCCAACAGGAAAAGCACUCGCUGCCUUCACAGAACCUCGGUGACAAAUUCAGAGCCACCGAGAGAGUGAGAGCAUCAUCAGGAAGUCACCUGCCAGUCACAGGGGGAAGGAUGGGGCGCAUCUCCAGGGAAAUGAGAUGCCAAGGUCCUCCCAGGGCCCCUUCCGGAACCCACCGAGCCCUCCACAUCCCACCCCCAAGGCCAGGGGCUGCCCCCACCCCCCAGCCCAGGAUCUGGCAA